UACAAGCUCUACGGUACCAACAUGGCCACUUACUUGACAGUAAACAUGGAGUUCUGAGCCAUUGUGCUUAAUUAAACGUUGCAUGACCAUGAUAUUUAGAUAUUGCAUAUAUCACAACUUUAAAAUGCAGCUAUCGCGAGUCGCAUCUUUUUUAGUCCGGGGGCACAGCGUUUCCCGAUCUGGAGCUGUCCUCAUUAAAAACGGCUACUGUGUGUCUGCAGUCAGAGACAGCACUGCUCUGCUGUACAGAAGACACGGAGAGCCCUCACAAGCUGUCCAGUUGGAGUCACUGCACCUGUCCCAGGUGGAACCUGAAAGUGUCCUGGUGAAGAUGCUGGCGGCUCCCAUCAACCCCUCUGAUUUAAACAUGAUUCAAGGCACAUAUGCCCUCCUGCCUGAGCUUCCAGCGGUGGGGGGCAAUGAGGGUGUGGGCCAGGUCAUGGAGGUGGGUGACGAGGUGAAGGCACUCAAGGUGGGCGACUGGGUGAUCCCAAGAGAUGCCGGCGUCGGAACGUGGAGAACAGCAGCUGUUUUGAAGGCUGAUGAUCUGGUGACGUUGCCUAAAGACAUUCCUGUGCUGUCUGCUGCCACGUUGGGAGUCAAUCCCUGUACAGCUUUUAGGAUGCUAACAGACUUUGAGGAGCUCAAACCAGGAGACACCGUCAUCCAGAACGCAGCUAACAGCGGCGUAGGACAAGCUGUUAUCCAGAUCGCUGCUGCUAAGGGCAUUCAAACCAUCAAUGUCAUCAGAGACAGGCCAGACCUGCAGCAUCUCUCUGACCGACUGACAGCUCUGGGAGCCACACACGUCAUCACAGAGGAGACACUCCGACGGCCAGAAAUCAAGGAGCUGUUCAAGUCGUGUCCUCGGCCUAAACUAGCUCUGAAUGGAGUUGGAGGAAAGAGCGCCACAGAGCUGCUACGUCAUUUACAAAGUGGAGGGAGUAUGGUGACCUACGGUGGGAUGGCCAAACAACCAGUCACUGUCCCAGUGAGUGCACUGAUCUUCAAAGAUGUGAAAAUAAGAGGUUUCUGGGUGACCCAAUGGAAGAGAGACAACAAACACGAUGAAGACACCUUACGUAGCAUGCUGGAUGAACUCUGCGUCCUCAUUCGUGCCGGGAAGCUGUCGGCUCCAGCUUGCACUGAAGUGAGCCUUCAAGACUUCAGAAAGGCCCUGGAGAACGCCAUGAAGCCGUAUGUGUCCACCAAACAAGUUUUUGUCAUGUGACCCCAUUUGAGUGUCUCGCGUACAU